AGUAAAUACUGUUUAUUGAAGGUGUAGAGUUUAAAAACAUGAUAUUAUAAAAUAAGGGCAUUUUAAAGAGACAUAGAGUGUUUCUGAAGUUUUAAUUCAAAUAUGGGUAAGAGUUUAACAGAAAAGGACUUUGAUCAAGUUGAAUCCUGGAUCGGAACUGGGACCAAAACAUUCAAUCUUCUGUACAGCAUAACAAGGGACGGCUGUGACUCAAGUGUGUUUCAUGAGAAAUGUGACAACAAAGGACCAACACUAACAGUCUUGUACAACAAGGAGGGUUCCGUGUAUGGAGGAUACACAAGUGUUAGUUGGCCCACAUCGAAAAGAAAACCAUUGGAUCAAACUGACAAUUCUGGAUUUUUAUACCAAUUGUAUUUUUCUGGCCUUAACACGCCUAAGAAAUAUUCAGUUAAAAGCGGACACACAGCCAUUUGUUCAGCAUCAUACUUGGGUCCGGUAUUUGGAAGUGCUAGCGCGCAUGACGUAUAUACAUUUAGUCACGAAAUUCAAAAGUCUUCUUCGGGAGAAUACAAUCUGGAUGGAAACAUGCAUACACACUUCGGUUGUAAUUACGAUACCGCUGGAAUAUCAUCCAAAGAAGUCAACAACGGACACCUUAGAGUGACAGAGUUGGGUGUGUAUGCCGUCAAAGAUGGCCAAAGAAAAACGCCGCCUUUACCGACUCAAUGGCGGAAAACUUCAGAAUUUGGGUCCAAGAUGCUGAUGAGCUUGAAAGAAGAAGUAAAAGGUAUCCAACCCCCAGAAGGACUUGACGUGCCACAUUUCAACAUUCUAUUGUUGGGGACUUUAGGCUCGGGUAAAUCGAGCUUCUGCAAUUUGGUGGCUUCUGUGUUUCGUGGGAGAAUAUCUCACCGCGCAAGAGUAGGUGGUGACGCGCAAACCAGCACAACAACCCAGUUGACGCCAUACACGUUCGGGGACAAAGCCAGCAUUCAGCUCUACGACACGAGAGGCGUAGCGGAGUCGGACACAUUGGACCUUCUGCAAUGCAAUUUCAUACUUGACGGUCACGUUCCGGAUUUUCAUGACAUGUCGCCCACUCAUCUCUUAAAAUGUAGCGACGCCGAGUUUCGGACUACACCGACUUUGAAAAACGAGACCCACUGCGCUGUGUUGGUACUAGAUGGAUCCACUGUUGGUGCUAUGUCAAAGCCAAUGCUGCAGAAACUUUUGUCCUAUCGGGAUCUAUCGAACAGAAAAGAGAUACCACAAGCCGCGUUAAUAACAAAAAUUGACAAAUUCUGCGAGAAGUCGGCUGAAAAUAUUAGUAACACUUUCCUCAGCCCAGCAGUCAAAGACCUUGUUGACAAUGUAGCGGACCUUCUGCAACUUCCACGGAACAGCAUUCUACCGGUUAAAAACUACGAGGAGGAGUUGGAAAUCGACGAGAACAUCAACAUCCUUGCUUUGCUUGCUAUCCGACAGAUUAUGUUCUUUGCAGAGGAUUAUUUGGGAAACAUGAAAGUGAAGCAAAGUAGGAGAGGUAAGGGGAAGGCAAAUAGAGGCCAGGUUGAUGGUGAUGUGCUCGGAUCAGACACUGCCUAAAUAUUCAUAUAUUACCGUGGAAAUCGAUAAAGACUUCAGAUGAUAAACUUGAUUAAAAACCAAUACCAGCAGUACUUACAACAUCAUACUGCAAAUGCGCUUGAAGGUGAAAUGUUUGGAUAACGCACUGCUUCACCGUUAAAAAGUUAUGGUUUUCGAUACUUGAAUAUUUGAAUUUGGAAUUCCUGGUGGCUACAUAUGGGCUAGGGUUUAAUGUGUGCUGAAUGAAAAAUAUGACACCUUGUGGUGCCAAAAAAGUCAAUUCUUAUCCGAUUUUAGUUCAGAUAAAAAUAUUCCAGACCACAAUUACUUUAUCUUAGUGGUUGUUCGGUAAUUUGUUUUACAUAUCAGUAAUCGGUAAGCAAUACCUUUCAAAUGAUACCUGCCUUAUAAAGGUCGCCAUGCAUCGGUUAGAAUGAAUGUUAGAUUUGGCAUGUGACCGCUGUGGUAACUUAACAAUUAUUUCAAAUGUUUUUUUUACAUCAUUUGAAUUUAAAUUGUAACAUAAGCUUUGUCUGUACAGGUGUAUCCUUUGCAUAGUUUUGUUUUGUUUAACAUGUGUCCAUUUAUUGCUCCCUAUGUACAUUUUAGAUUGUUGAUACAGUAUGAUAUUUUGUUUUCAGAGAUUGUAUUUACUCAUUCUUAGUUAUAUGUAGUAUAUGCUGUAAAGAUCAUUUUAAUACCGUUGUACCUUUGCAAUUUGUAACAAAUUAUCUUAUCUAACUAAUAUACAUAAUUUUGAAUUAAUUUCAAUUGAAUUUCGAUUGUAAAACUAUUCAUAUUUACUUAGAGAUAUAACCUUAACCCCAUUCAACUACUAGCGUGAACCUUGUACCAAUUAUACUUUGCCUCGAAAUGGCGACGAAUAACAAGACUCAUACAGGGAACAGCUUCGCUUCAGCAAUAAUGCUAAUUGUUUGCAUGUAUGCUUAUAACCAACACUAAUUCCCGGUAAACUCCUUUAUUCUGAAUACAAAUAAAGUCCAGUGAACGUGGAAAGUCUUAGGGUUGUACUGCCCUCGACGUGGCUUAAUUCCAUUAUGGGUUGCAUCCACCCACACCUCGUCCCCCUGCUUCAGUUUCAA